GCAGCAAUCAGCUGAUUCAGUGUAGUGUGACAGAGCCUGCGGAGGAGCUUACGAACUGGCUUAUCACGCAAUAACAAAGUGAAAUACGUAACGAAGACCACAUUAUCUGGUCUAGUGUUAACUUUAUUUGACAUCUACGUGACAUCUAAGAAAGAGAGAGCAGGAGAGGCCUGAGUAAUGGCGAGGCGCGACGUGGUGUACUCCUUAAACCCGAAUCGGCCAGCUUUUUCGAUGCUGGACGAUGACGACAUUGCAUCGGAAUUCCUGAAUACAUCAAGUGCUACCUACUUGGCAGCAGACAAGUUACCCCCAGGGCCAGAACAGCAAGCAGCCAAUGAAGCCGAAAUGAGGCGGCAGGAACUUCUAAAGCAGAUGAGGCAGGUGGAGCAGCGAACAUUAGAAUCGUCAAAAAGGAGUAUUGGAAUGUUACAUGAAUCUGAAAAAGUGGGAAUUGAGACAGCUGAGGAAUUGGUCAAACAAAGAGAACAACUUGAGAACACCGAGAGAAGAAUUGAUGAUAUUAAUAAUACAUUAAGAGAUACACAAAAAAAUAUCAAUAGUAUUAAGAGUGUUUUUAGCAGCUUGAAGAACUGGUGGUCAACCCCGAAACAGACGAACGACAACAGCAAAGCAACCUCCCCCACCUCCCCCACCUCCCCCACCUCUCCUAAUGCUGAGAACCCAGCCGCCAUCACAGCCAACCCAAAUUUAGGCCCAGCCUACGAGAGGAGCCAGAUGUCCGUCUCGACACUGAAGUCCAGCACCCAUCCAGCAAUGCGGCUAAAAGGACUUGAGGAAGAGGAAGAAGUGGAGCCUGACUAUAGAGACUUCCGUGCUAAUGUGACACGUGUCAAUAAGGAACUAGACUCGGACCUAGAUGUGAUGUCUGCUGGUCUCUCUCGACUGAAAGGUCUUGCAAUUGGCCUUGGAACAGAGAUUGAAGACCAGAAUGUUAUUGUUGAUCGCAUUACAGGGAAAGCAAACAAUGCUGACAUCACAGUAGGGGCUCAAAAUGCUCAAAUAAAGAAGAUUCUCAAGAAAUGAGAGGAGCGAGUUUAGAUUAUAUUUUGUACAUUUAUCCCUCCAUAAUGACUAUUUUGGACAGCCUCAUUAUACAUAGCUUAAGCCUAAGAAGGAUCAUCCUCCAUUCGUGAUAUUAUGUAGUAUGGUUUUUGUAUUCUCUUGGUGAUCUUUCUUUGCUGGAUGUUUUGCUUUAAUGAUGCAAGAAAUUAAUGUUAAAUUUGUAUAUGAUCCUAGGUCUCUGAAGAAAUGAAUAUAUAUAUAUAUAUCUAUAUAAAUGAUUACAUAGGAUAUUUUAUGAAAAAAAAAGUCAGUAAAGAAAAAUAUGUAAUAUGAUUGCUGUACUUCAUUUUGCCACCUAUAGAUGACUCUUAAGAUCAUGAAAUUUAUAUCUUAGACAGCAAACAAUUAAUCAGUUGUAUUUGCCAGUGCCUCUUGAAUUGCUGGAGUUUUUUGAGAAGAAGAAAUAGAUUUAACUAAACAUAUUGUCAGUCUCACAUUCAUGUACACAAUCACUCACUUUACUCAUUGCAAACACAUACUUGCUAUUACAUAAUCACUUAUUGAUUCACACAUAUAGCUCUGUGUGUGUGUAAUAGAUUAUACAUGUAUGCCAAGGCACUUGAUAAGUUUUUGGACAUAUUACCUUUAAGGAAAACUUGUUACUCAGGCUUUAAGAUGAAGAUGAAAGCUAGGUAAUUUUAGAUUAAAAGUUGCAUCCAUAUUUUAGAAGAAACAAAAAUUAGUGUAUUGUUAAUUCAGCACUUCAUUGUAUAGCAGUAGUUUUAUUAUUUGUUAUGUUCUAUGGGAAUAUCAGGAUGAAGAAAACAAAUUAAUUACUUUGGUAUGUAUGUAUGUCUACUGUCUGCAUGAUAUUAAAAGUUUGAAUAUAUGUAUAUGGACAAAUUUACACUUUAUUACUUACUUCCAAGAGUCAUAAAACAUUAUAUUCAGUUGCUAGUUUAUCCUCUUAAUUUAAGUGACUUAUGUAAAGGUUUGCUUAAAUUAAAAAAAAGACAUUUUUAGAAUUUUACACCCUUUCUGCAGUAGGAAAAUCAGCAGUUGUGAAUUUUAUAGUAAAUAGUCAUUUUUUAUGUUUAUAUGAAAUUCAAAUAAAUAUGAACAACAGAGCCUUUCCAACUUUUGCCAAUUCAUAUGUGGAAAUGCAUUUUCCUCUUUAAUGUGUCGUGAUGAAGACCUUCCUCUGAUAGAUCGUUGGGGACAGGUUAGUUGUAAGAAAUGUAAUGUUUCUCCCUUUUAAAGAAAAAAAUGCAAUUUGCAAGUUAUACCACAACCUUUUGUCAUAUCUCAGAGAUUGAUGCCAAAGCAAUCUGUUCUGAUCAGGUUCUUCACUUAUUGAAGACAGGGAUUGUAAUAGCUCUUACUCCCAGCUCAGGGCAGCAUAGUCAAUGUAUGGAUAUUGCAGUCCUGUUUAUUCACAACAUGUGAAUUUUCCCUUGACUCAAGAGUUUGUUUGGCUGCAACAAAGUACUUCUUGUGACAGAGAGGGAGAGUGAGAGAGAGUGAGAGUGAGAGAGAGUGAGAGAGAGUGAGAGUGAAUAAUGAAUGAGUGGGUGAGUAAUUGCAUGUGUGCAUGCAUACAUACUGGUAUGCUUGUGUUUGUUUAAUAGUUUAUGUGCAUAUAUCAAUAUUUCCAUUGUUCCCAUUCAUUCAUAUAGGAACAAUAGCCCUGUACAUAGAUUCAGAUGGCCUCUUCAUGUGCCACCUACUCUGGCCAGCCACAGGAACAGGAAAACAGCUUAAAUCAAAACUUCAUGACUGCUCUCCUCUUCUUCACUCCCUGCACAGAACCUGCAGGCAAUGCUUAUUCAUUCAUCUUUGCUAAAGAAGUAAAGAGCAAAACAACAAAU